CGAACGGCAAUCUGGGAAGAUCCACGCAGACGCGAAGAUGGGGCACGACGAAGACGACGAGGUGCUGUGUCGCUACUGCUUUGGCGAUGAGGCCGACGGGCCGCUCAUCUCGCCCUGCAAGUGCUCUGGCGGCCAAAAGUUCGUGCACCUCGACUGCCUCCGGCGCUGGCAGCGCAUGGUGCUCGUCUCGCAGCCGACGCACCCCGCGUUCUACACGGACGACAAGCGCCAUCACAUUUGCAACGUCUGCCUUGCGCGCUACACGUGCCCGCCGCCGACACGCGCCGAGCUCAUGGCGUCCUUUACAGGGCCCGAGAUCGCAGCACUCAUCGAGACGCACCGCCUCAUUGCGGCGAGUCCUGGCUUUUCCGAGAUGCUCGAGGCCGACCGCAACGCCGAUAAUGACCACCGCGUGCAGCGCCGACCGUCGAGUAGCUACGACUACUGGUUCCACGGCGUGUACCUCAUCAACCAGCUCAUGUCGGACAGCGGUGAGAUGGAGCUUUCGCUGCCCAACGACGCGCUCCUUAACAACUUUCGCCGCCGCUUGACGCCCGACCCAGACGACCCGAGCCGCCUCGAGAUGCAUUUCCACGGCGCGUUGUACGUAGUGACGUUGCGCGGGUCGCUCGAGGGCGUCGCGCCAGCCGAUGUUCCGACUGCGAUUGCCGCGCUUACGCCGCCCGCGACGCUCUAUCUGCAGCAGAAAGACUCGCUCGCCACGUGCGCCGACGACCACGUGACCGCCGUCUGCAUCUCGCGCCCGCUGGCGCACCUCGAUGCGGCGCAGGAGGCAGUCGCCUCGGCCAUUCGCCGGCUCGGGCUCGCAUACCCGACGCUUCGCCGACGCUUGCUGGACGAGACGAUUCAAGUGCAACAUUUCGCCGGAGGGCCCUGCGACCCACAGCGCAUCUCCACCUGCCUCGUCCUCGGCGGCGCGCUGCGUGGGUAUACGCUCAUCCCGUCGCUGGACGACGCCCUUCUCCACGCCUACCGCCUCUUUGCGGCCGCGCCAGACUGUACGCUAUCGCCGGGGCAAGCAGUGCGCGUCCAAGGGCUCGUCGCGCGCCCCGAGAUCAACGGCGAACUCGGCAUGGCACUUAAGUUUGAGCCAAAAGCCGGUCGGUGGCACGUCCGCCUUGUCAACUCGACGGACGGCAUCAAGGUCAAGCCCAGUAACCUCGAGGUCUUCGGGACGCCGAAGCCAACCGUGUAUGUCAUUUGGGGUGACGCCCAGUGGACGCGCGCGCAGCUCCUUGGCGAAAUUGCCCGCGGCAGCUGGGGCCUUUGCCGCGCGAUGGUCGACGACAUGCUGCGUGCGCCGUCCGAGCGCUGGGACGCACUGCAGCGCGAGGGCCGACUGGCGUUUGCGCCUGUGUCCGAGAUGACGGAAGACUAUGUGCGCCAGGCCACCGAGGAGAUGGUGGCCUUGCGCUCGAACGCUGUCGCCGCAGACGAAGCCACGACGGUCGAUGCGGCCUAGUCGGCGGUUCGAUACCACGCCCUUUUUACAUUUUGGUCCAGUCCUCAAGGG